AUCACCAGCUGCUGAUUGUGACUGGCGUCCGCCAUGUUUAGCCUCGGCUGAUGCGACUGACUGGAAGCUUCGACGUUGACAACCGAGCAUAGGUUCUGACGACAUUGCAUCUGACUACUACCUCCCGGCGAUUUCUUAUUUUGCUACACCUGACUAAACCUCGGACGAGUUUACGGAUUACCUAGAUAUUAAUACUCAUCACGCAUACCUGCGUAUUGUUGCGACCUUGUGUGACGACAUCAACUGCACCCCAUGGCUCGCUCGCAAUCCGCAACGCUCCCACUUAUCCCACUCCCGACCGGCACCGUCCUUCUGCCGGGCGUCAUCCAACGAAUACCCGUCUCCGCCAAUCGACCGGAUAUUGCCUCUCUCCUCGCGACCGUGUACACGAGGGCAUCGUCCAAGAGCCCGAAUGGCCGCAUAGACACCGUCCCCAUCGCCUGCGUCCCCAUCGCCUCCCCUCUCCUCAGCCCGAAUGGCCAGCUCGUUAUCCAGGACGAUGGCGACCAUGUCGACGAAACGGACCCGCCAGUCAUUGACCCGGCAAAGGCGACAAAGGCGGAUUUGUUUCCGUGGGGAGUCGCGGCAAGGAUAACCGGCGUUGAAGGCCAAGGCACGGGCGAGUUCACCCUUCUGGUCGAAGGAGUCUCGCGCAUAAGGAUUGAUAAUAUGUACUCGGAGCGGCCGUACUUUGAAGCCAAGGUCGUAUACUUCAAGGACGAAGUCUCGCUCCUGGACCCCGCUCUUCAGGAGCUGUUCCAGAAUCUAAAACAACUCUCACGGGAACUCGUGGGGAUUCUUAGACUGGCCUCUAUGCUUCCCCGGCCUGCCGGAUCUAUCGGCUUGUCCCCGCUUCUCGCCCGUCGGCUGGACUUCUUCAUUGUCAAGAAGAAGGUGGUCGAUGCGGGGUCGUUGGCGGACUUCAUGGCAAACAUUGUUGACUGCUCUUUUGAGGAGAGAUUGCGGGUCCUUGCCUUGGUCGAUGUGAAGGAACGCAUCGCCAAGGUCAUCGAAUUGCUGGACCGCCAGGUCGGAACCAUCAAGAACAACGUCAAGAUCACUACCUUCACGACCACGACGCUUCCAUUUACUAUCGAUCCAGACUCGGCUCAGAAAGAGAUUGAGAAGAUCUGGAGGCCGAAUGCGGCCAAAACUCCGUCUCGAGGCCCAGCCCCUGCCGUAGGCAUGCCCUUCCCGCCACCCCCCGGCUUCAUGGGUUCUGGAAACCAGGACGAAGACCAGGAACCCAAUGAAGUCGAUGAACUCCAGAAAAGGCUUGACGCUGCAAAACUGACGCCGGAAGCUGCCAAGGUGGCAGACCGAGAGAUCAAGAGAUUGAAGAAGAUGUCCCCGGCACAAGCUGAAUACUCUGUCAUGAGGACAUAUCUCGAAACCUUGGCCGAGAUUCCAUGGUCGGCGAUGACAGAUGACCGUCUUGGGCCGCAGACUCUGACGAGGGCGAGAAAGCAGCUCGACGACGAUCAUUUCGGGCUAGAGAAGGUCAAGAAGCGACUCCUAGAAUACCUGGCUGUCCUGAGGCUCAAGCAAUCUAUCAACGAGGACAUUGAGGUGCAGAUAAAGCAAGCGGAGCAGGAGAUGGGACCUGAGCCGAACAGGGAUGAUGACGCCAAGGGCUCAACAUCAGAAGAUGUCAAGCUGGACGAGAGGCCCAAGCCUAACACUGCGAAACUCGAGAUCCUAAAGAGCAAGCGUAUGAUUGACAAGUCACCUAUUCUCCUCCUAGUUGGUCCUCCAGGCGUGGGCAAGACAAGUCUUGCAAGGUCUGUGGCAACAGCUUUGGGCCGUAAGUUCCACCGGAUCUCGCUAGGAGGAGUGAGGGACGAGGCGGAGAUACGCGGCCACCGGAGAACAUACGUCGCUGCAAUGCCCGGAUUGAUCGUCCAGGGCCUAAGGAAAGCGGGCGUAGCAAAUCCCGUCUUUCUACUAGACGAGAUCGACAAGGUCGGCGGCUCCAAUUUCCAUGGCGACCCGUCGGCGGCCAUGCUUGAAGUCCUUGACCCUGAACAGAACCAUACCUUCGUGGAUCACUACGUCAACAUACCAAUAGACCUGAGCAAGGUGUUGUUCAUCGCCACGGCGAAUUCCCUCGACACCAUCCCGCCUCCGUUGCUCGACCGCAUGGAGACCCUCUACAUCCCCGGCUACACCACGCUCGAGAAGAGGCAUAUCGCACUGCAGCACCUAAUACCCAAACAGAUACGAGUCAACGGACUAAACGAGGACCAAGUUGCCUUCACACAGGAUGUUGUAUCCAAGAUAAUCGAGUCUUAUACUCGCGAGUCGGGGGUUCGCAAUCUGGAGAGGGAGCUGGGCUCGGUGUGUCGCGCGAAGGCGGUCGAGUUUGCAGACGCGAAGGACGGGGGCCACCCCGAGACGUACAGGCCGCAGCUCACGGUCGAGGACAUUGAGAACAUACUCGGCAUCGAGAAGUUUGAGGAAGAGAUCGCCGAGAAGACUAGCCGGCCGGGGAUCGUCACCGGCCUCGUGGCGUACAGCUCGGGCGGCAACGGGAGCAUCCUAUUCAUCGAGGUGGCGGACAUGCCCGGCAACGGCAGCGUGCAGCUGACCGGCAAGCUGGGGGACGUGCUCAAGGAGAGCGUCGAGGUCGCGCUGACCUGGGUUAAGGCCCACGCGUUCGAGCUGGGCCUGACGCGGGAGCCGGCGGCCAACAUCAUGAAGGAUAGGAGCAUCCACGUGCACUGCCCCUCGGGCUCGAUCCCCAAGGACGGUCCGAGCAGCGGCAUCGCCCAGGCGGUGGCUCUUGUCUCCCUGUUCUCCGGCAAGGCUGUGCCGCCGACUAUGGCGAUGACGGGCGAGAUUUCCCUGCGAGGGCGGGUCACCGCCGUCGGAGGUAUCAAGGAGAAGCUGAUCGGAGCGCUACGAGCAGGAGUGAAGACGGUGUUGCUUCCGGCGCAGAACCGCAAGGACGUCAAGGACCUCCCGCAGGAGGUGAGGGAUGGCCUGGAGAUUAUCCACGUCAGCCAUGUUUGGGAAGCCCUCCGCCAUGUCUGGCCGGACUCGCAAUGGCCGGGAGAAGAGAAGUAUAGCCAGACUGUCGAGUCCCGAUUAUAAUAAGGUCGUGUUUUUCUCUUGCAAGCCCAUUGCUGAGGGCACCUGUCUAUAGUUAUAAUAGCGUGUAUGAUACUCUCGUUCCCUGAGCCUAUGUCUUGCUUGUCAGAUGUUUCUUACUCUGAACAGUGAAUAUUACUCUGAACAGUGAAUAUUACUCUGAACAGUGAAUAUUACUUUGAACAGUGAAUAUUACUCUGAACAGUGAAUAUUACUUUGAACAGUGAAUAUAUCAAGAUUUGCA